AUGAGUGCACAACUUGAUAAAGACUUUGCAAAUUUCGAGCAGUGCAGGAGGAAUUUUGUUCGUACAGUUGCUGAGGCUGCGAGCCGUUCCGAAAAUGUUGAACGUUUAUUAAAACUUCGCGUUCUAAAUAUUCUUCAUCCACUUUUACUCGAUGAUGUACCGGCUAUUCAGCAAAGCACAGCUUUAGCUCUUGGCCGUCUCGCAAACUACGAUGAAAAUAUAGCACAACAAAUCGUCGAUGAUGGAGUUUUAGUUGAUAUUGUUAACGGCCUUUCUUCUGAAGAAGAUUUAAGCUACCAAAAGAAUGCAUGCUUCGUUCUUCGUACAGUUUCAAAACAUUCAGCAGAAUUAGCAGAAAAAGUCGUUGAAAACGGAGCUUUAGGUCCGAUUGUUUGCUGCCUUCAAUCUUAUGACACAAGAGUUCGUGAAUCAGCAGCAGUAGCUCUCGGAUCAAUUGCUUCACACACUCCAGAGCUCGCACAUUCAGUUGUUGAUGCUCAGGGCGUUCCAUUAUUAAUUACUUCAACACAAAGCAACGAUUUAUCAUUGAAGAGAAUCGCUAUUGCUGCUAUUGGUGAUAUCGCUAAGCAUGAUGCUGAAUUAAGCAAUUUCAUCAUCGAAGCAAACGGAAUUGAAAUUAUUGCACCAUUAAUCAAAGAUCAAGAUCCGAAAUUACGUACAGUCGCAUGCUCUACACUUGCUCACAUCGCCAAACACCAAGUUGAGAGCGCAGAACGCAUUGUCAACGCUGGAAUCUUCCCACACGUUUUACUUUGCCUUCGCGAUAAGGAACCAGAAGUCCGUAAGGCAGCUGCAACACUUAUCAGAGAAAUCGUCAAGCAUACACAAGAAUUAUCACAAAGAAUCAUUACAGAGGGCGGAGCCGUUGCUCUUGUCCAGUACUUGAAGCCAGACCAAGGCAACGAUCCAAUCUACGGAGUUAUGUCUAUUGGCUAUAUCGCUUCAUUCUCACAAUCUCUCGCAACAGUCUUAUUACAGUCCGGCGCCGCAGAUGUCUGCUUGAAUGUCUUUGUUCAGGCAAAGUCCGAUCAGACAAAGGCGGCAGCAGCAUGGACUCUCGGUCAACUUGGAAAGCAUACAUCAGAUACAGCGGCAGCAUUAGCUAAACUUAACGUUCUUACAUUACUCCUUAAUGAGCGUAUCAGAGCUAGUGCCAGUAAGGACCUUGUACAGAAGACAGACCGUGCAAUGGAGUUAAUUGUUCAGAAGUGCACAAUGAUAGAAGCUCUUCAGAAGAUUAUCGACAAUGCACCAGACAAUGUCCUCGAAUUCGUUCUCGAACAGAUUUCAAAGAUUAUUCCAAAGAAUCCAAAGAUGCGUGUUCCAUUUAUCCAAGAAGGCGGCUUUGCUGCCGUUCAGAAGGUUAAAGCUGAACCGGGUACUAAAAUUAAGGAAUAUGUCGAUGCAAUCAAUGCUUGCUAUCCUGAUCAGGCUGUCAAAUACUAUUCUCCAGAUUUCAAGAAUACAAUUCUUAAUGAUAUCGAACAGUUUGGCCAGUAA